AUGAUUAUGAAUUAAUUUUAUGGAAACAGCUAAGCGCUGACUUCAAACGUUUAGUCAAAUCCAUCAAGCUAACGGGCUAGAAAGAAGUCCGGCAACAAUACCAAAUCAAUUUCUAUAAAGCAGACAUAGCCUGUCAUUAUUAUUCAGUAAAGUGGAAAUGUCCCUACUCAGCGCGGUCUUAAAAUAAAGAAAGAUGAUCUCAAACUGAUUCAAUAAUAUUGCGAACAAAAUGAACUUGGACCCAAUGAAGCCGCCUAAAACAACAUUUUAAAGAACAGUUAAAAGUUCUCUCAUCACUAAAAAAACAAAAGUGAAGGAGCCACUCCUCUAGGGAGCAAUUACUUGAAAACGUAAUUUUAAGGUAUUAUUGAUUAUCGUAAUGAUAUUUCAGUUAAACAGCAGCAAAUUGCAAGCUAAACAGGUCAAAUAGUCUCUUAAAACUAGUACCUGCCUGUUAAUCUGUAUCAAAAGUCCAAAAGUUAAAUGGGAUACUAUUCUCAGGGUAACACUCCAAAUAAUAAUACUGGUAGAUUAAUUCCUUAGUCUAAAACUCCAGAUAUUUACAACUACACUAGUUCCCAAUUUAAAAAUUAGCAACAAUUACCGGUCGCUAAUUCUAACAAAAAUCUUUCUGUAUAAUAAACUUUGGGAAAUCAUCCGAUGAUUCAAAAUAUGAUGGGUAUAUCUAGCAGAGCUCUUGUAACCACCAAUUAGGGUGCUAGGUCUAACUCAAGGAAAAAGGAGGCCAAUUCUUAGGAUCAGUUAAACGACUCCUCGAUGUAUUUAUACGAUGAUUUGCUUUCAAAAAGCAAUCAACAGCUAAAUUUAAUAGGUAAAAAUAAAACCUAAGUUAACCAAUAAUAUGGUUAAACAUAAGAUGAAUCCUAUUUAGAUGCGACUCUUUACGAUCAAUUUAUACAAGGCCCACAUAAUGUAUCCUAGUAUUCUUAGAAAAUUGAUGAUUAGAAUUCAUACUUAUAGUUUGGCCAGAGAUCUGUCAGCUAAAACUAAAAUGCGAAACAAAAUACUUAAAAAGUCAUAAGAUAGAGUCCAUCAUAAAAAAGCCAUACUAGGACAAAUUUGCAAUAAUCAUCAUAAGGCUCAAAUAAUCUGUAACAAUAAAAGAACAAAAGAACUACAAAUUAGACUAUGCAGCAAUCGUUAAAUAACAGCAACUAGAAGUCUUAACAGCAAUAUGACAGAAGAAUGGUUAUGGGUAGAACGCCCUCCCCUAACUUCUUGAAGAGAAUAGCUGGGAUAAUGUAGUUUCCUUAAGAAAGUUUGAUUGUCAAGUAAUAAAUGUAUUAAAAUAAUCAUAAUAAUACAGCCAAAAAUAUAUUGAGCAGCGGUGGUAAUUCUACCAAGAGAUCUUCUAGUAAGUAGUAAUUUGCUACAAAUGGAAGCUCAGUUACCAAUAAUACAGCAAAACUGAUAGGUACCUAGAGCUUCGUCAAUUAAUUGAAUAGAUCUUAAAAGUAAAAGUUUGCAAAAUAGUAUGCUACUAAUAUGUAGCCAAAUAGAUAUAAAAGUGGUUCAAUUACAACCAGCGCAAAUACAGCUUAAAAUUCCCCAUCUAAUAGAGGCAUUACUCCAAAAAGAAACAAUAUGAAACAAAAAACCGUUCAGUAGCACCCACCUCAGUACUAUCAGAUGCCAGCUGACUUUGAAUCCAUUGCUGAAACUCUUAAAAAAUAGGCUUAUCUUGGUUAAGUAGCUAUGAAUCAUUAGUCAAAAUUAAAGAAGAUUAAUAAGGAUGAGGAAUUGAAAGCACUGGCUAUGAUAUCUAGCUUAGAAAAUUAAAUGAUGAAUAAACAUCAACUCACGUCUUCAUAGUCUUAGACUUAAUCUCAGUCUCAGGUGCAAUCUAUGCAUUCAUCAAUGGUAUAGCCAUAGCAGUUCUAUCAGCCGACUAAGAUGAUUGGGGAAAUAAUGGAAGAAGAUCCACAACCAUUAUCCAGCCAUGAAUUCCUUAAUAUGGAGGAAAUAAGAUCAAUUUAAAGCGAAGGACAGAAAAGCAUGAAGCUAAAUAAGAUCAAGCAUCAAAAGUCUCAUUCUUAAAAGUCGGAAUUCUCUCCAGGUCCCAGAUAUUAUGAUGGAGGCACUGGAUCAAACUAGAUCAGUUAAAUUCCAAAUGCACUUUUAAUGAGCAAAAACUCUGUCCUUAGUAAUGAGACUUAGACCUAUUCAUAGCACCCUACCCAGAUAAUCCCUUAAAAUGACUAAAAUCAAAUUACUCAGUAUUUAGAAUAGCUACAAAAUUUGAGACAAUCAUAAUAGUAAAUUGCUCUAUCUUAAGGUGUCAAAAGCCCAUUACUUAAAGAGACUAAGAGAUCUAAGCCUAGUUCAGUAGUAGCCCAGUCAAAUCAAAACCCUGUUUUAUAUUCAUAGUAGAUAAGUUUGUCAAACUACCAGUCUAAUAAACAGCCAGUUAGGAAGCAAACUGAUAAUAGUAGCUUGAUCAAAAUGAUAGAUGAAGACGAUUCUCUAGAUGGCAAAAAAAAGACAAUCUCAGAGUAGAAUUAGAUGAUGAGCUUAAAUUAAAACUCUGGACCUUAAAUCAUAGAUAAUUUCUCUCAACUUGAAUAGAGAUCAAUGCAAAUUUAGAGAAAGAAAACUUAGUCGGUGGAACCUCCAAAAAUCUCAACUCCAUCAAUGGAUAUGUUUAAGCAUUAAUCAAAUGAGAUUGAAGAGAAACUAAUUGGGUAGACAUAAUUCAAUAAGAAGUAAUAGCAGAUAAAUUUUGUAGAUAAAACUCCAUUUGAAAAAGAACUUGAAAUGAAAGCCUAAGAAAUGAAGAAAAUUAAAAAAAUAAGUGCUGACAAAGGAUAAACUAUUGAGCAGAUAAAGCUUUAAAAAUAUAAAGAAGAUUCAAUAUCUCUACUAAAGCAGCUUCAAGAAAGUGGAAAUAUUACUGAGAGUCUAAUCGAUAGUAAGGCACAAUCCAUCAAGACUAAUGUAAUUGAAUUCAAGAAGGUUGCGCCUUAGAAGCAGAGCGAUACUAAAAUCUCUGUUUAAUCUCCACUUAUCGUUUAGUAAUAAUAACAAAUUCUGUCAUCUCAAAAGCUAAUAGAGAAAGAUGAUAUUCCUGAGAUUGAAAUUUCAGACUAAAAGUCUGUAGUCAAGCAAAAUAAAAAAUCCACACAUCAAUCGAAUGAUAGACCUAAGAGUAAAUAAUUCAGUGAGGACAACAAGCACAACAGUAGUGACGAUGAGCUAGAAAGAAAUAAUCCAAUUUAAAUCAUAACUCAGGAGGACGAGAAGAAAAUAAAAGAUAUGGUAUCAGAUAUUGAUUAUAAUGCUUUCUAUGGCAAGGUGAUGAAAAGAACUCAAGCGAUUGAAAAUGAUGAAGAUAUGAAGCACUUAAGCCCUAGGUCAAGAGAAAUCGCAUCAGUAAUGAAGUUUGUUUAAAAAUCCUUCAAAGAUCAAAAUGAACCCCCUGUCACAACAACUGAUUUCUACAGAAUAGGGAAAAUGCUUGGUAGAGGCGCCUUUGGAAAAGUUAACUUAGCAAUGCACAAGCUAGUUAGAAAGCUAGUAGCAAUUAAAUCUCUUAAUAAAGAGUGCCUGACUGAUGAGGCAUAGAAGGCUAAAUUGAUGAAGGAAGUUUCCCUGCUUCUUAAACUUAGACAUAACCAUGUUGUUAAGAUUUAUGAGACUAUUGAAACUGAGAAGCACAUCAUAAUAGUCAUGGAACUCUGCGCAGGUGGAGAUCUAUUAAAUUAUGUCAGGAAGAGAAGAAAGCUUAAGGAACCAUAUGCCAAAGUUAUAUUUAAACAAAUAAUAGAUGGUCUAUGUUACAUUCAUUCAAAGUAUAUAGCUCAUAGAGAUAUAAAAUUAGAUAAUAUCCUUCUUGAUGGAAAAGGAAAUGUUAAAAUUGCAGACUUUGGUGUCUCAAAAUAAGGAGCCAGAGGUUAAAAGAUGACUGAGCAAUGUGGAACUCCAGCGUAUAUUGCACCUGAAAUUUUAAAAGAUAAGGGAUACUCAUUUAAUGUUGAUAUUUGGAGCGCAGGUGUUGUGCUCUUUGCAAUGUUAUAUGGAACAGUUCCCUUCAAAGCUAACAACAUGGAAGAAUUACAUAAGUUAAUUGUGAAAGGUAAAUACACAUUGAAAGAUGACAUCUCAAUUGAAGCUAGAAAUUUACUUAGAGGCUUACUAGAGGUAAACCCAGAUAAAAGACUGACAAUAAAGUAGAUCUAUCGUCAUAAGUGGUUUGCAGAUUUAGACCCAAAUCUACAAUUAUUCAAUGAUCAAGAAAGAGAUAUGAUCAAGAAAGAAUAUACCUACAAUGAUCCUAGAAGAUAUAAUAGAAAUGAGAAUGAGGAGCCUGUAGAUUGUUUUACAGAGCAUCAUUUAGAGUCAGUAUACAAUUCUUUGAAAAAUGCAACUUCUAAAUCUAUCAUUCUUGCACCAUUUAAUUCCACUCAAAGCUAAAUAGAUGUGACGGCAUAAGAGUAAAUCUAGAAACACUUAUGCGAAAAAAUGAUGGUAUUGAACUUCGCAAGAAGAUGUCGAGAAAUAGAUAGAUAAUAUGAAUUCAAUAACAAUGGCGAUCUAGAUAAUGGAGUGUAUCAUAAAUAUGUAUACAACUCCGAUGAAAAUGAGAACGAUAGUGAUGGAAAUGAAAACUCAAAUUAAUUAGACGGAAACUCUGACAUUUUAAGCAUACCAAUGUUGAUGUCUGAGAGGAAAAUACCUAAAAGAGGUGGCAGAGCCAGUGUUGAAAACUCCUUUGAUAACAGUAACAGUAUUCAAUAAAUGUAAGACAGACAAGCCAUCGCAAAAAGAAUCAAAGAAAGUUCUCAUAUCUAAAAAGAAAUUCAUAGGAAUAAAAAGGCAGUUAAUAAUGAACUCGAUGAUGAUAUGGUCAAAACCUAUGAGACUUUCCAAUCUAAGUAUUCCAAUAAAUUAGACGAGGAGAAGGUUAAAUAGAUGGUCAAAUUCGGUUACCCUUAUGACUAUGUAAUAAAAUCUCUCGAUGAAAACGAUCCUAACUAUUGUACUGCAGGCUAUUAUCUUCUUUGUAUGGAUCAGAAUUACUGUUGA